CCAGGUGAUUAGAAGCUUUAUUGCUCACACAAAGCCUGUUUGGUGGUCUCUUCACACGGACACGCAUGAAAGUUACCAUCACCACUUUGCAGAUUAGAGAAUUGAGGCAUAGAGGGGAAAAACAAUUAUCCAAGAUGAUCAUGAGUGGUGGAACAGGGAUUUGAACCCAGUCACUCUGCCUCUAGAUCUGAAGCUCUUAAUCAAGGAGCCUGGGCUCUUGUUGGAGAAGAUGCUUUAUCGAUGUGAAAACAUUCACACACAAUGCCUGAUAGCAUUGUGCUGAAGUGUGGUUCCAAUUAUAAACGUGGUAGGAAUUCAGUCUGGAGAGGAACUCCCAGUGCCUGGGCAUGACUGUGUGUGUUUUUCAUCCUUCCCAUUUAAGGAGAUGGGGCAUGGCAUAUAUGGAAGGAGAAGAGGGGGAGCUUUGGAACUGGACAGGUAGGGUUUAAAUCCUGGUGCUGCCAUUUACAAACUGCGUAAACUCUGGGAAAUUACUUAACCUUUCUGAUACGGUUUCUUCAACUGAAAAUAGGGAUUGUAAACAGCUACUUUACAGACGAGGGUUUGCUGUCAUAAAACAGUACCAGCCUAUGGUAGAUGCUGUUGAUUCAAUAGAUACUGAUGAAGUCCCACAUAUCUGGAAGUAACACUAUCAGCCAGAAUUAGCCAGGUUAUGCUGCUUUAACAAAUCCCACUGACUUCAAUAAAGUUUAAUAUUUGCUGACACUACUUUUCCAAUGCAGAUUGGCUGAGAUUUUCUGCCAUCUUUACACAGAGACUCAGGCUGGCUUGGGGAGGCUCCAAUUUUGUACCACCAUGAUUGUCAAGGUAGGAAAAAGAAGACAUGGGGAUUUGCUCACUGGCUCCUAAAGGUUCCAAGUGAAAGCAACACAAUCACUUCUGCUCUCAUUCCACUGGCCUAAGCAAGUCCUAUGGUCACAUCUAACUUCAAGAGGAUGGGGUAGUGGAUUUCUACCACAUCCCAGGGGUGGGGAAGAAGUAGAAAAUAUUUUAAAAUACUACCGUAGACACAAUGUGUUUAUCUCUACAAUAGAUCUGCUAAUCCAUAUCUUAAGAGGAAACCGAAGCUCUGAGAGGCUAUGUCAUUUGACCAAGGUCACAAAGCCAAUCCUCUGAGAAGCCAGGACUCAACCUGCAUGCCACUCAUCCUGACUGUUGGAUCUAUAGGCACAACGUCCACAAACUUUGUACAGAAGCAGAACAGUUUCAGGAUGGGGGGCAGAGAGGCCCUGCAAAUGCGGUGGACAGAACAGGAAUUGAAUAGGCAUGAUGGGCCUUUGUGUUUGUGUUCUGUGAUUUCUCCUGGGGAAGGGAAGAAGGGGCAGGGGAGUUUGUGUGAAAUAUCAGUAGAAGAAAAGUUUGGACAGGUAAGAAUAUCACGCGUCAGAGUGCAGCAGAGACAUGUGUGGAGGAUGAGGGCAGUGUUUCAGGCCAUUACUUUGGCAGCAGUGAGGUGGUUCCCAGGGAAGGGUUGGGGAUGGCGGGCUGUUGCAGGAGUCCGGGGUAAGGUGACCAGGGGUAGACAGGAAUGAAGGCGGCGGGAAUGUAGAGGAAGGGCUGGACCUGAGAGCUGCAAAGGAGGCUCCAGUGAGGUCCACUGGUGGAAAAAAACCGCCAUGCGAUUUUCAGAACACCAGACCUUCUUCAACCUUCACUCUUCCCACCCCAGUCUGGUACAUUGCACCACUUGUUCAAAAAAAAAAAAACAAAAAAAUUUCCCUAAGACCUCUUUUUCUCUAGCCUUCCUCCUUAUUUUUCAUGGUCUCUUCUUAGAACGGGGGCAGCCACGCCGCGGUGGGAGGCCCUUCCUGCCUGACCCUUACCGUGCGGGGUACCGUUCCUGUCACCAUCGCCAGGAUCUGGCCCUUCUAGUGAAAGGAAAUCUCCCAAGGCCUAAGAAGGCAAGAGGCCUGCAAAUCGCCUCCUGCUCAGUAAACGGGCUGCUCAGCAGGCCCGGGGUCCUGGUCCACCCCAGGUCCCUGGUUUGCCCACCUCCGAUGGCGGCCUUCGCUGGCAGGGUGGGUGUCUCUGGGGAGCCAGCUCCGUCCCGGCGCCUUUAGAGCCCCAUCUCUUCCACGUCCCCGGCCUUCCUCCCCUUCCAGGCUGCUGUCCCCGCCGGGGUCCAGAUGGUGUCUGAGGGCCGGCGGUUCGACGGCGGGCCCGGGGUUCAGCCUCCCGGCCUCCCUCCGUCCCUGACUCUCCUUUCUUCGGAGUGGGCGCGGGGGCUGGGGCCAAAACGCCGCUCUUGGGGUUCUCCUGGACUCGGAGUUGCCCCAGGCGGGCGCAGCUCUGCCCCGCGGGGUGCCAGCCUCGGCGGGCAAGGUCCGUGAGUCACCGCCUGUAACCCAACACCAGGCCUCCCUGCCCCCUCCCCCAGCUCCGGCCACCAGGCCGCGGCGACACCUACAAGAAAAUGAAGGGGCGCCCGGGCCCGCGGCGCCCCCGGCCGUAUCGCUAGCAGGUCCCGGCGGCCCCCGGCUCGCGGCGCUCUCGCUUCCCCGGCCCCGGGGCUGGGCCAGCCGCAACCGCCGCCCCAGAGCGAGCAGGAAUCCAGGCCGAGGGGCCGGCCCCGGAGCCCGAGGCGGCGGAGGGCCCGCGGUAGCUGCGACUGGCGAGCCCGCGAGCGCCCGGGGAGGGGGCGCCCGGCUUGGAAUUUCCCCGUCCCUUCUGGCCCAGCGAGGACAAAGCACCCCUGGCCGCCGCCGCCGCCGCCGUGGCCUACGCGGCGCCGCACAAAGAGCGAGUCGCGACACGCUCCCAUCCCCCUCCACGCUCACGGCGGCCCCGGCCCCGGGUGGCUGCGGGGAGGUGGGGGAAGCCCUGGCUGCGCCGCCCCUCGCUCCCCCUCCCCUGGGGCCGCGCGAGCACCGCCCCCGCCCCGUCUGCGCGUCCUCCCGGGGAGGGGUUGGGGGGCGCGGCGCCCCACAUAACACUCCCCCUCCUGCGCUGCGAGCCACCCUCUCCCCUCCCUCCUGCAAACACCACCGCCUCCCCUGCCACCGCCGCCACCUCGCCCGACGCUCCACAGCUCGCCGCGGCCGGGGGGCGGUGCGCGGACCGUGCGCGCCGCGGGCGCCAGAUGUGCAGUCCCCGCCGCCGCCAGUGACCGAGCCGCAGCCCGCGCGGUAUCGGGCCGCCUCCCUAAUGCUGCGGGGGCGACCUUGAGCGUACAGCGGCUUCCCUUGGUGGGGACCCCGACACCCCAGCGCUGUGCCCGGUCUUGCCCUCUGCAGCCCGGCUCGCCCCGCGCUUGGACAUGGAAGGGGCCGCCGCGCCCGUGGCGGGGGACCGCCCCGACUUGGGGCUGGGGGCGCCGGGCUCUCCCCGAGAGGCAGUGGCGGGGGCGACUGCAGCCCCUGCGGCGGCAGCAGCCCCGGAGCCCAGGAAGCCGCACGGGGUGAAGCGGCAUCACCACAAGCACAACUUGAAGCACCGCUACGAGCUGCAGGAGACCCUGGGCAAAGGCACCUACGGCAAAGUCAAGAGGGCCACCGAGAGGUUUUCGGGCCGAGUGGUUGCUAUAAAAUCCAUUCGUAAGGACAAAAUUAAGGAUGAACAAGACAUGGUUCACAUCAGACGAGAGAUUGAGAUCAUGUCAUCUCUCAACCAUCCUCAUAUCAUCAGUAUUUAUGAAGUGUUUGAGAACAAAGAUAAGAUUGUGAUCAUCAUGGAAUAUGCCAGCAAAGGGGAGCUGUACGAUUACAUCAGUGAGCGGCGACGCCUCAGUGAGAGGGAGACCCGGCACUUCUUCCGGCAGAUCGUCUCCGCCGUGCACUAUUGUCACAAGAACGGUGUGGUCCACCGGGACUUGAAGCUGGAAAAUAUACUGCUCGAUGACAACUGCAAUAUUAAGAUUGCUGACUUUGGGCUUUCCAACCUGUACCAGAAGGAUAAGUUCUUACAGACGUUUUGUGGGAGUCCACUCUAUGCAUCUCCUGAGAUUGUCAAUGGGAGACCUUACCGAGGGCCAGAGGUGGACAGCUGGGCCCUGGGUGUGUUGCUUUACACUCUCGUUUAUGGAACAAUGCCCUUCGAUGGUUUCGAUCACAAAAACCUCAUUCGGCAGAUCAGCAGCGGAGAGUACCGGGAGCCCACGCAGCCCUCAGAUGCUCGAGGACUCAUACGGUGGAUGCUGAUGGUGAACCCCGAUCGCCGGGCCACUAUUGAGGACAUUGCCAACCACUGGUGGGUGAACUGGGGCUAUAAGAGCAGCGUGUGUGACUGCGAUGCCCUCCAUGACUCUGAGUCCCCACUCCUGGCUCGGAUCAUUGACUGGCACCACCGUUCCACAGGGCUGCAGACUGACACUGAAGCCAAAAUGAAGGGCCUGGCCAAACCCACGACCUCUGAGGUCAUGCUAGAGCGGCAGCGGUCACUGAAGAAAUCCAAGAAAGAGAAUGACUUUGCUCAGUCUGGUCAGGACUCAGUGCCUGAAAGCCCAUCCAAGUUGAGUUCUAAGAGGCCCAAGGGGAUCCUGAAGAAGCGAAGCAACAGCGAGCAUCGCUCUCACAGCACUGGCUUCAUUGAAGGUGUAGUUGGUCCUGCCUUACCCUCUACUUUCAAGAUGGAACAGGACUUGUGCAGGACUGGUGUGCUCCUCCCAAGCUCACCAGAGGCAGAGGUGCCGGGAAAACUCAGCCCCAAGCAGUCGGCCACGAUGCCCAAGAAAGGCAUCUUGAAAAAGACCCAGCAGAGAGAAUCAGGUUACUACUCUUCCCCAGAGCGCAGUGAGUCUUCAGAGCUAUUGGACAGUAAUGAUGUGAUGGGCAGCAGCAUCCCCUCCCCCAGCCCCCCGGACCCAGCUAGGGUGACCUCCCACAGCCUCUCCUGCCGGAGGAAGGGCAUCUUGAAACACAGCAGCAAAUACUCAGGGGGCGCCAUGGACCCGGCCCUGGUCAGCCCUGAAACGCCCACACUGGAAUCCCUGUCAGAGCCUGGUGUCCCUGCCGAGGGCCUCUCCCGGAGCUACAGCCGUCCUUCCAGUGUCAUCAGCGAUGACAGUGUGCUGUCCAGCGACUCUUUCGACUUGCUGGAUUUACAGGAGAAUCGCCCUGCCCGCCAGCGCAUCCGCAGCUGUGUCUCUGCAGAAAACUUCCUCCAGAUCCAGGACUUUGAGGGGCUCCAGAACCGACCCCGGCCCCAGUACCUGAAGCGGUACCGGAACCGGCUGGCAGACAGCAGCUUCUCCCUGCUCACAGACAUGGAUGAUGUGACUCAGGUCUACAAGCAAGCGCUGGAGAUCUGCAGCAAGCUUAACUAGCACUCCAGGGUGCUGGGGGCGGGCAGGGGUACGAGGGAGGAAGGGGAGCAAGACUUGAACUCACAGGCUGGUUACCUCUUUGCUGGCCAUGACAACAGACUGAAAAAGGAUUGGCACUGUCUCACUUGGCCAAGUUUGCAGCCUUGAGCCAACACCUAAAACGGAGAGGUGGGCUCUUCUGCCAGUUCUGCCAAUUGUCAGUCAGAAUUUGGGCCCUAUUUGGCAUUUGCUUUAUGGCACCUCCUAGAGGACCAGCUGUCCAGGGGAGGUGGUGUUGACUGGCACUCAGUGGGUGGAGAGGAAGCGUAUGGGGAAGGAGCAUUUCCUUAGAAGUCAUCCAAAUGCUUCUGGAGGAGGGGCAGGAGACACUUGGCCUGUUUGCCUUGGGUGAGCCCAAAGAACUUGCUCCUUUUAUCCUUGCAUUAGCAAGCUAGGUCUGGCUGCAUGGAGCUGGCAAAUAGAUUUCAGCAACUUGAGCUUGAGUUGAUGAUCAAUUAAUAGUGGCUGCCAGUUGUGCUGGUGUAAGUGGCCCACAUCAUGGGGAAGGAGUGCUGUGAUUGACUAGUAAUGGCUACCACGGGAAAGGGAAGGGGAAGCAGUAGCACUAAUGCUAUGUAGUUGUCAUCUUUGAUCUGGCUAGGCCCUGGGAAUCGGGUUUAGUCAUCCUGUGGGAUCUAUGUUAACUCUUUCAUGCCACUGGUGAGGCAUUUGUUAAUUUGCUACUCAACUUUGAGGAAAGACAGGGCCUUGGUCAGAGAGAGAAUGCUCUGAACUCUGCUAAGGACAUAGAGUCAGCUCAUGGUGAUUUAGCUCCUUGCUGUUCACCUCCUCUUUCCUGAUGUCUGCCUUGCUCUACAGCACAACCUCUUGAGGGUGGACAGGGAGAAAGAUGAUGGUGUCAGAGGUCAAAACUAUUAUAUAUGACAGGGCACAAGAUGGUCUGUGAUCUUUGCGCAGAUGAAUGGAAGUUGAUGCGCACCAACAAGAGGCAACUUGUCACUUUCUUUCUCAAUAUUAACUGGAAUGCUGCCUCUUGGGUUCUCACCUGCAUGGAUGCUUUGAGUUGGACGUGAUACUGUCCAUAUUCUCCAGAGGGUUACCUGGCUCAACCAUUGGCUCUGUUCACCAGUGACAAAUGGUUUCCCCAACCACUGAGUGUAGCAUCCUCAGAGGUAGACAAGUUUGCUUCUAGGGAGUUAGCACAUAGAUGUAAUAUUGGGAUGAGGAAAGGAAAAUCAGGUAGAUGGUGCUUUUUUCCCCCAAAUCUAAGUAUUCUGUGUCAUGGUUUUAAACUUUGACAUGAACUCCUGGGCUUUGGGGGAAAAGAAAGUUUCAUUCAUUUAAAUGAAUAAGGUGUUGAAAGAGUGCAGGGGGUUGGGAGGAAGCAUGUAAGAGAGGGAACAUUUUCUUAGAUGUCACCCAGAUGGUUCUGGGGGAGGCAGAAAAGAGGUGCAGCAGGACUCUUAAAAAGUAAAAAAACAACAACAACAAAAAACACACACGCUAGAUAUGUAAUUUCUAAACACCCAGAUCACAAUGACAAGAUGCCACUCCAACCAUGGGACACCUUCAGGAUACUAGGUUUGGACUUCCUGGUCUCUUUGGGAUGACUUCAGAUUCUGCUGGCCAAGGCAAAUUGAACUCAUUUCAAGAUGGCCACCACUGGUAGCCGUGUAGAUAGAAAGGAGGACUGGUCUUGGGAACAUCUUUGGAAAAACCAACAAACAAUAGUUCUAGGGAGAUGAGAAAAAAUUAACCUUACAGUGCUAAGAAAGUGCAUUAGAAUGGAAUUGCCCUUUCCUUAAGGAGACAGUUUGGUUUCUCCCCUUGCCACCGGCUCUGGUGUUUUGUCUUAUGCAUUCCUUCAGGUUGAGCUGAGCAGUGUGUUAUGGGAAGCUGCUCAGUUUCCUUUCAUUCAAUUCCACCUCCUUCCUGAACUCUAAUAGAGGUUAAAAGGGAAAAAAAAAAAAUCUGUAGAUAGCAAAUUGUGUGUGGGGGGGGGGUGGGGGUGUGGGUGCAUGGAGGGCAACCUGCAACUCUGAGCUCCCUACUUCCUGCCUCAUUUCAUGCAGUCUUUUCUGAACAGCCUAUGCUGCUGCCCUGCUGGCCCCUUGCACAUGGCAGCUGGCCGUGUCCGUAGCUGUCAGUAUGACUUAGAUCCUACCUACUGGUUGAUGUGUUUUUCCUUUUGCCAAGUGAUUGAGUCUGUUUAGUAGUUUCCAUCGUUCUAGCCUUUAAGUAAAAAUGACACUAUUGAGGAAAGUCAGUCUACUCCCUUCUUCCUCCCCCCAAACAUGUGUUCUCUUUUGUCAGGAAACUCAGCCAGUGGACUGUGGCAGAGAAAGUCCUCCACUCAGAGGCAGAGACUGAGUUAAGUCAUAGGUGGCCUUAGGCAUCUGCAUUAUGGGAUUAAGUUUUCCUUCCAGUGAGGGCUGGAGGGAUGAAUUAGCUGGUGCCUGAAGCCGUGCUUAGCUCUGACACUCUGCCAACAUCCUCUGAUUCUAGGUGUGAUGUUGUCUGUCCUUUCAAGGAAAAACUUGCAAUAGAGGGAAAAGCCGUUAAAGCAGCUCCCUGCUUCAUCAUUAAGUCCUGUCAUCCCUACCAGCCAAUCCCAGUCAAAGAAGUUAUGCUUUAUUCGCUUCUGUGGAAUUACAAGUGAGAGACACUUUUAGGACCUGAUCGACAAAGCAGGAGAUUCACUGUCAGCUUUCCUGGUCCUCUCCUUGCUUCUGUGGGCCUUGCACCGUCUUAGUUUACACAUCUGCCAAAGGGGUAGAAUUACAUUUCUUUUUACAGGUAAAUUUCAAGGCACAAUCAGUUUUCAGGAAGUGCUUCAAGACCCCAGGUGAAAUGAAAAUGCUAAGUACCCUCUGAAUUGCCAUCCCUGUUACCAGGUGCUGCUUCUUCAGAUGAUGGGGAGCACUUUUCAGGGUGAAAUUCAGGUGAGUUUUGCCCAGGCCUGCUGUCUUGAGUACAAAUGUGAAUGAUCGACUAACUGCUUGUUGCCAAACUGGAAAUGUUCUGUAGGGAUUUACUGGCAUGGUAUCAUUCCUAGAAGAAAAAAAGAGAGAAACUUGACUGCACAUUUAAAAAAAAAAAAAUCCAUGUUGUGACUUUUAUUUAAUUUCUAUUUUUUUUUUGGUAAUAAAAAGUUGACUUUUUUAUUUGAAUUUGUCUUUUUUAUUUAUUGGUCUGAAAGGCAUUUCAAAGGUAUUAUAAUAAUAUAUUGGUGUAAUUUAAUUGGUGCAACAUGCUUUAUGGCUCCUGUCAAAAUUGGUUUUCACUCAUUUGAUUGGUUUGAGCCCAGAACAGCCUACAGGGGAAAAACAAGCUGGAUAACCACCCAAAGUGUUUGUAUUUUCGUUGGAAACUGAUUUUUGUUUCAUUUUGGUUUUUGUUUCUGUUUUUAUUUUUAAAUUAAAUAAAUUGCAAUGAACUGAA